UUCGCGGGAUUUUGUUGUAAUUGUCAAGGGAGGGGUCAAGGAACCAUCAAAUUGACUUUGCCCUUAUUAUUUUCAGAACGAUUUUCUGGAAUUAUUCAAGUAAAUUAACGUUUGCCAUGAAUGAAAAUGUUUUUAGUGGAUAUUUAGAAGUGAAAAUAUCGUCGAAAAGUCGCAGAGGCUUUACCCCAUGGCGAGCCUGGCAGAAACAGUGGUGCGAAAUAAGGCGUCUAGACGAUAUAGAAGCUGGUAUCGAACUGAAAUUAAAAUCUUCUGAAGAAGGAGGAGUUCUGAGUUGUUUACAAGUGCCCAGAUCAGCCACUUUAUGCAGAACUGACUCAAAAACCAAACAGUUUGCCUUUGGAGUGUUCAAUCUGUUAAAAACGAAGAAGCCACUUAUUUUCCUAGCAGGUUCCAACGAAACAGACUCCCAAGAAUGGAUGAUUUGUAUUCGGAGGAUGUUAAGUAUCGCAAGCUAUAUACCAGUGGGAGAAAACAGUUUUCGCGUUUCGUUAGUCGAUAACGCCCAUUCACGUAACGCAGGCAUGCUAGGACUGUAUGGGGUCCUUAACAGCAACUCUCAAGAAAUUAUAAUCAACGACCCGUGUACAGGGAGGCUCAAAGCAGGCUGGAGAUGGUAUCACUUCCAUCAGUUCCACCUGCAAGCAACCUGUGAGCAAAAGGAUGAUAAAAAAAUCAUUGUGAUGCACACCAGUCGUGAAUUUUCAGCAGGACCCGGUCAAUUGUACGUAUAUUGUCCAGAAGGGCCCAAAUUGCUUCGGUAUUUGAUUUCGCGAGGUCAGAAUACGAGAUUUAGCUCGGGACUGCAAUCAAAACGGUUUAGUCGCAGUGAGGGUGAUCUAUGCAUAAACAGAAACUCUGGAGUUCCCGACAGCCCGCUGUGCUUCCGAAGCCAAACCGGAAGUGACGAUUCUGGAGUACCGAGUUCAGAAGACACAGAAGUACUGAAAUCUCAGACUGAAUCCAACCUGGUCCAGCUUGGAAUGGGCAUAGUUACCAAGACACCGGGAGGCAGCGAGACCGAAGACUCCUACCCCGACCUGAGAGAGCAACAAGAGACUGUCAAAUUACCUAGAAACGAAUCGGGGAUAUCCCUAGCCUCGGGAAUCUACGAAGAAAUACCCGAUGAACCCCCCAAUACUCAACCUACAGUCAAAAAAGAUUUGGACAACCAUCACUUGUGUCACGUCUACGAAAAUCCUUUAGAAAUGAUCUUUGACAGGAGGUUCGCCAAGUUUUUCAAGCCGCCUCCCUUGCCACCCAGGACUUUUGACAGUAUGACCCUAAACAGACGCAGACAAGAGAGUGCAAUGUCACCUGUGAAGCAACGUUGCAACACUUUACCGGCCAGGGAUCUCUCUAAAAUGUCCCAACUCUUCGGCGGAAGAUCCGGAGAUCGGGACUCUCCGGAGUCGGAGUACGUUGUUAUGAGUCCUGGGAAACCCAGACAAGAGUCCCCCGAGAAUAUCUACAUCCCCAUGGGUGGUCCCGAAACUACUGUGAUAAAGGAGAACGUGUACGUUAUGAUGACCGGGACGAAAGAGCCUUGAAUUUGACUGAAAAAAAAAAGAUAGACUGGGGAUUCCCCGAGUCCCGUCGCUUUCGUUGUUUGUUGCUCAAAAAAAAACGUUCGUUGUUAUUGAUCUCAUUUUUCUCGUAUAUUUUCAGCUGAAGACGGUAUUAUACAUACAUAUCUAUUGACAGGAAGGGUGUUUUUGUUCAAUUGGGUCGUGAAAAAUUUCACUGAUAUUUGGUCUGUUACUUGGUAGUACAACAGUCAAUGUUUUGGCUUUUUGAAUAUAUAAUAAAAAAAUAAUUAAAAAAACUGCCUACUAGUAGCUACUACUGUGGACCAACAUUUUUACUCUACACUAUUAUACAGACCUAUUUAUUAAAAAAAUUAUAUACAGUAUGACUAAAUGAAAAAUCAGACAGAAAUGCCUACUGUGACGAUUUUUUUUUGUUUAAUUACACGGUAUAUGAAAAAUAAAUGGUAUUUAACAGUAAUUCAAACAAGAGUCAAUAUUAUUAAGACUUACUAAAUAUACAGGCCUAUUUAAUAAAAAAAAAAGAACCAAAUAUUUAUGUUCUUUUCAAAGACGUUUUUCGUUUUUCUAGUCAGACGAAAUUGUGGCGGUUAAAAAAUGUUUUUGUCGAUUGAUAGGCUAGAAAUUUUUGAUAUAUUCGAUUAUAUUUGUAAGUUAAGUUUUUUUACGAGUUUUUUUAUACAUUGUAUUAUUCGCAAGUUUUUCAUAAUAAAAGUAAAUGUUCAGAAAAAAUAUCCGUGUUUUUAUAGUGCACCAAAAAUGAGCAAAAAAUAAAUAAGUUAUUAAUAUAAUUACUUCUUAAGAUCUAAAAACGAAUAGUGAAAGAUUUUUUUUAAUUCACCCCCGAGAAGGUGUGAAAUAAAUAAAUAAAAUCCUGUUUUCCAAAUUUCGGAGAAAGGGUAAGAACUAGAAAAAAAAAAUUCAAAUAAGUGGUGGAGCGUCAAAUUUUACGUAGAAAUGACCUCUAUACUUUUUUUGCUCAGAUCAAAAUUAACCGAGGUAUUAUAAGUUACUGAAAA